AUGAGGAUGAGAUACUCGUAUAGUUUAGGAGAUUAUACAUGGACUUCUAUCAAGAUAUAUCAUUCUGCAACAUUUGACAUAUUGGCCAUAGACAGAGAUAUCAAGGAAAUGAUUGUGAGCGACAUGGAGAGGUUUGUGAAAAUAUGGGGUUUUUACAAGAAAGUUGGUAAAGCAUGGAAACGUGAUGACUUGUUGUAUGGUCCUCUAGGGACUGAAAAAUCAAGUUUGAUAGCAGCUAUGACUAAUUACCUUAACUUUGAUAUAUAUUAUUUAGAUCUUACUGAUAUACACACAAAUUUAGAACUUAGGAAGAACCGAAAAGCAGAAGAUCAAAAUUUGAAGUCACUCAAAUAUUAUAUAACCCAAGCACAAACUAUAAAUAUUUUUAGGAAGCCAAAAGCUCAGGAGAUUACAUUAUUAGGGCUGCUAAACUUCAUAGAUGGGUGGUGUUUAAGUUGUGGAGAUGAAAGGAUAAUAGUGUUCACAACAAAUCACAAAGACAGAUUAGACCCUGCCUUAUUGAGGCCAGGCCGAAUGGAUAUGCACAUCCACAUGUCUUAA